ACAAAACGCGGUUCAGUGCAGCACCAGCCCAGACUUUAUGAAUAUGAACACUACGAGCAAAACUGAAAACAAACAAGCGAUGAAUGGAAAACAAUUUUUUUUUUAUCAGAUCAAACAAACGAAUGAAACAAAUUCAUCGUUGAAAAAUGCAGUCUUUUUUCCGUUGAAUGACAAAAAAGAGAUGAAGUGAUGAAUUAAUCCGAAUUUUUUCUUAUCGCUGAACCAAAGUUCUAUCAGAACUAUUCAAGUCGACCGUGAGAUGGCGCCAUCGUGUCAUAACAAAGACUUUUUCGUGUGUCAAAACAUAUACAUGAACACAUGCACAUCAGUGUGUCAGUGUAGAGCGGCCGCAUAACAAAAUGCACCGAAUCACCAAUGAAACCAAGUGUGUUUAUAGUCGAAUUUCGUCUGCGCCUAUAGUGUUGAUUUCAAAACUUACUACUUGUCAAACAAGUCUGAUCACAUAAUUCGUCGAAUUUAAUAAUCGACUUACAUAUAAAGUCCAAAGACGAAAAUGUUGGUGUCGAAAGAGAAAAAUUGGAAAUUUACUUCAAUUCAAAUGAUUGAAAUGUAGAAACAAAUUCGGAAAUUUGUCCAGUGUUUUUCAUUUUAUUUGAUUGCAACGUUUAAAUUUUUCCGGGCUCAUCGUAACAAACUGACAUUUCGAUUGAAAGACAUGUGAAAGCGGAUACACAGAGAAACAGGAAAAUAAAUCAAUUGUGUCAAGUUGUGUGUAGAAACACAACCAACUAGCAGCACAGCAAUCCAGUACAUAUACACUGCAGAUAGGGUACUAUUACAAUAAAAUGGCGUUUUGUUACAUUGAAUUCGUGUGUUGUGUAGACGAAAAAAUGAAUUGCAUUCGCUAAAUUUGUUUCAAUAAAAAGUGAAUUGGUGAGCUGAAACGACGAGCAUAAACCUAAAAUUUACAUUUCAAUUUCGUUUUUUUUUGUGGCAAUACGCAAUGAGACAACCAAAUCGGUGUGUAUAUGCAUGGGUCUCCCGAACGAGUUAAUGUGUGAAAAUAAAGAUUUUUUUUCUCGAUAUACAUUUAUUUUUGGGCAAACACGUAUCGUAGAAACGAAAAGAAUAAAUUUUGAACGAUGUCGGUACGAGAAAUUGCUUGAAUCUAUGCAGAACGUGGAAAUUUUCAAAAUAAUUGACUGGAUUUUUGGGCAGCAUAUUACAUUCGACAAAGUUUUAUUGCCAUUUAUAUGUCGCUGACUGCGAUAGUGAUUUGAACACUGUUUGUGAUUGAAAAGACUCGCGAAUAAAUCAACAUCUGAUGAGACUUGAUUGUUGGAAUUUUAUGUUUUAAUACGCUGUGAAUAUUGAACGGAGAGUUUGGCUGAGCUCCUCAAAUGUGCAGCAAAUUAAACUGUUUAUAUUUACGGUAUGAAAGAUAGCCAAGUGUUUAUUUGAAAAAUUUACAUAAACAAAGGACCAGAGCGAAAGAGAAAAAAAUCAAACGAAAACGAUAGAGAAAAAAAAUGGCAGAAUUAGUCAUUGAAUGUCCCACGCCGGAUGGGCAUAUUGAAUUUUCAAAUACGUCAACCACCAGAGGUGAACCACAGACCAAUUCACGGAUUCGUGAAUUUCUGAAAAAACACAGCAGCGGCUCAGCAGUUGAUUCCGGAAAUAGCAGCGAUGAACAACAACGACAAGUCGCAAAUCGUUCACCACCACCAAAUUGUUCCAUUUGCUUGGGCCGUGUGAAAAGCAAAUGUUUUACCGAUUCGUGUAUGCACCAGUUUUGUUUUAGCUGUUUACUCGAAUGGAGCAAGGUGAAGCCCGAAUGUCCGCUGUGCAAGCAAACAUUCAAGUCAAUCAUUCACAAUGUCACUUCCAUGGAUAGUUAUGAGGAGUAUAAAGUCGAGGCCCAGCAACGUCACGUCAAUUGGAUCAAUCUUCCAUUCCAGGCGCCCGAUGUUGACAUGAACUUUUUGUUUACAGCAACUUUACCAACUUACCAAAUGGAUCGUUCAGCACUUUUGAAUCGUUCAUCAGAUCUAACACGUCGUCGUUUAUACCAGCUAUUCCGGCAUGAUUCGCCAUUGGUUCAACGCUUUGCCCAAACGUAUCCAGACGAAAACUACCCGCAACGAAUCAGCGGCACACAAUGGCGGCAAUAUAUUUACAAUCGACGAUUGUACGCUGAACCAUUGAAUGACUUGAGUGGCCAAAGUCGUGAUAUUUCCUCCGAAUUUUAUCGAGCAAAUCCGGCCCAAAUGCAUCGACUAAUGCAAUGGCUGCAUCGUGAACUGGUGUGCCUGAACACCGACCAACCUCAACCAAUUACAUACGUAGUGCAAAGAAUUGAAAAUCUGAUCCAAACAUACGAUAUGACCUCGUACGAUUUUCAAUCACGCAUCAGAGCUCUGGUACCAAACCACACUGAACAUUUCGUUCAUGAGCUAAUCAAUUAUGCUCGUUCGCCAUACGAUUUAAUUGGAUAUGAUCGAUUUGUGACAUAUUUACCACGUUUUGAAUCUGAUACAAAUGACGUGGUUACAUUAUCCAGUUCGGAAGAGGGUAGCGAUGUGGAAUUUGUUGGUCCGGUGGUAGAAGUUGAAACGGAAGAUGUUACAAAUAUUGCAACAAAUCAAAAUGCUAGUAGCAAUGAUAAUGAUAAUCGCAGCAAUAGCAGUAGCAGUAGCAGUAGCAAUAGAAAUGAUAGUGUAGAACAGGCCGGCGCAAGUACAAGCGGUCUAAGUACAACGGUUGCUGUGGGAUCGCCGCCGCCGUCGUCGUUGUCGUCAUCGUCACAAACAAUCGAACAAACAGCUUCAGCACCGAAUUUAUCAGGCGAUGAUUCGGAUGAAGAAGAAAUCAAAAAUUACCUACGACACAAACCAAAUGUGUCCACCGAAGAGAUGAUUCGAGGUCGAACUGGCCCAACGCCGCCACCACCGACAUCAAUCACCAAUGCCGAGAGUGCGCCUUCAAAUUCCAACAAUAACCAUAAUAAUACUGAACGGAAUUAUUUCGACAGUGAUCGCUUUAAUCAUAGCACCGAAUUAAUCAUAGCACCGAAUAAUGUACAGACAAAUGAUGGAGCAUCAACGAGUCAGGCGAUAGCUGUAGUACCCGACAUAAUUGUACCAAAACUCGAACCAAACACACAUACCAAAUCAUUAUCAACAGCAGCAGCAGCGGCAACACAACCAGAGGUCAUCGAUGCAGACACGGGCAGUGACAGCGAUGAAUGUCUAUUUGUGUGUGCAAAAAAACCGCCACACUUACGAACACCGGAAUACGUUGAAUUGAAUUCGGAUUCGGACAGUGAUGUGGUGUUUGUAUCGAGCGAAACAUGUCAAACGCCAAUGGCAGAAAUCACAAAUAGCCAUUUACAAGCGGCAACCGAUGAAAAUAUUCGAAAAUCCAUUUUGAAUGUAUUGUCAGCGCAUUGCAGCGAAACUAGUACAAAUUUAAAGCGAAAACGAGCCCGCAACGCAACCGAUACAAACGCUGCCACAACAUACACAAGCCAAACGGCCUCAUCCAGUGUGUAUGAAACCAAGCCAUCAACAUCCGAAGCCAUGCUACAGUGGCUCAUCCAAUCGCCAGAUGAACAUUCCAGCCGUAUCUCACCAAGAUCAAAACAGCACACAUCCCCAAUACGACCACGUUUGACCACAACCAUAAAAAUAUCGCGCGGUAAACACAUCUAUGAGUCACCAUCUUCAGAGGAUAGCGAUCAAGAUGACAGUACCGACCCUGAUUCGUCGUCAUCGUCAUCGUCCAAUUCGUGUGAUAGUUCCGAUGUGGAAUCAUCGAGCCAUGAGGAGUAUGUGUGUACUAGUUCACGUGUUCGAACGAAACGUCCCGCCAACAAUGACGGCCCAUCAUUAGCACCACGGAAAAAGUACCGAAAACGGCGCGGCACACGAAUCUAUGAAACAACGUCUUCAGACGAAAGUGAGGGUGAUGAUUAAAACUCAUUAGAUUUAUGUACUAUUCAGUUCACACAGACAGAAAAUGAACGAAAAAUUCUCAUUUGGGUGUGUACGCUGUAGCGUAACACAAACACUAAACAUGUAAAAUACAUUGAAUGAUAAUAAUCAUAAAGGAAUAAUUCAAAGUACCAAGCAUUGUAUAGCUUAUUCCAUUUGAAUUGAAAUUCCAUUCAAACGUAUAUGUUGUUAUCAAUCAGGACGAAAUUGCACGAAGUGGCCAUUUCCACAUUUCAAACAACACACUCACUCAUACACACAGACGUUGAAUGUGAUGCAGCUUGCCCAAUGUCGAACCAGACUUUAGUUGUUUAAAGAAAAAACAUGGUGUUAAUAUAUGGACACGAAGAAUCAAACUGAAUCCCAUUAUUAACACAUUAUGCAGUAUUUCUUCUAGGCAACCGAUCAUAAUAAUUUUCUCAUCAAUCCAUUCGACAGACCACAUUAUUGAGCGUCAGGUUUAUUUUCUUUUUUUUUUAUAAAAUAUAUCUAGAUUCAGAGUAAGAAAGAAGAAAAAUCUCCAAAAACAUGGAAAUAAAUUAAUUUAUCAUGUACACUCGAGACUAUUUACAAUAGAUUUAACACAAAAAAAAUUAAAACACAAAAAAACCCGUUAAAUUAUGAUUCAUAGCUCUUUGACAUAUAGAAAACAGAUUUUAUUAAAACGAAAAAGAUACAAAAUAUACUAGAAUUAUACAAGAAAAAAACAUGGGGCCGAUAGAGCUCAUGAGUUUGAAAUUCCAUUUAAACAACAAGUACCAUUUGAUUGCAGGAUUUUCUAUGGCAUUGCUGUCAUCGUCAUCUAUCUCAUUUUGACGUGAUGCGCGAAAUUUUUUUUUUUGGUCGUUGCAUCAAACGCAAUAUUAGUGUCAUUUAUUCUUCUUUUUUUUAUCGUUUUUUCUUUCUCUUCAUUUGUGGACGAAUCAAGCAUCUUCAACUGAAUGUAAAAAACAAACGAAUUAAAUCAAAUGUACUUAUUAACAAUUCUAAAGUAUUAAGCUCGUUAUUCACUCAAUAAAUCUUAUUUUAAAUCAUUGUAUGCGUUGUAAAGAUACAAAUUGAACAAACAAAAAUAAAGAAAUAAA